GUUAUAUAUCCGUACCUGAUACUCAGAGUCAUGAUAGUCAUGGCCUCGUCAUUAAACCUGGGGCUGUUCCUGUUUAUGGUUUUGAUGGUGUCCAUUUCGGCAGAGUCAUUUGAAAGAAAACAAGAAAAAGCAGAAAUGUCUAGGCUUAUCAAACGACUCCUCGUUCACCUGCAAGAUCCCACUGGAAGUGAAGAAGAAAUGAACCAUUACGUCAGAAAAAUACAGAACAGAAAAUCAAGGAUCGACAAGAAGCAAGUUUUUUCUCCGUCUACUGUUCCCACAAGCACAGACCAGACAGCCAUUUUCAGGAAAUUACACAACAAGAAAAGGAAUAAUCACCGACCAAUAGUUUUUUAAGAGGUUCUGACAUCCAAUGACGGUCCCGGUAGAGAGAAGUCAUAGACCUUCCCUUGUUGACCAUUUCACCAAUCCACAUCUCAUCGACUGCCCUAUCCAACCGCACGGAACAUUCAAAACAUAUUCACCGUUAAAAACUUCGUCAUGUAUAGAACGUAUUUUUAAAAUGUCUUCUAAAAUUAAAUAUCCACGAUUUUUUAAAAAAAUAAUUCUUGCAUUGGUUCAAUUGAUCUAUUUCAUAAUUGUAUCGGUGUAUGUUUUGCACUAUUAAACGUCUAUGCAACUUGUAUA